GUUACCUGGACGACAGAUAACGACAAAACUCCAGGCUCGUCUGUUUGCUGCAGAAGUGUGGCAGCUGCCAAACUGUCCACUGGCGCUUCGCCUUGACAAAAAACAACACAUGCUACAACACAUAUUGCUCCGUUCCACUUAAAGUUGACUGUUUGACUUUCUUUGCCUACAUGGAGGUGGAAGCUAACCUUCUUCUCCACCAACACUGACUGAACAACACGGCAUCCGAGUGGAGACAGUCGCAUGAGGAGUUACCAGGAAUGUUUUGAGGGAAAUGAAAGUGAUUCUCUCACAGGAGCUACCACGGAGCUUGGGGAGGAUUUCUGUUUGAGCAGCAGCAGGAACCAAAACUGAAGAAAAUGAGCAAAAAAUAUCAAACAGGAACCGUUACUGAGGUGGAGGAACACAUUUCUCUCAAGUAUGAAAUCAAGAAGAGACUUGGAAAAGGGGCCUAUGGCAUCGUCUGGAAAGCAGUUGACCGACAGACGGGUGAGAUUGUGGCUGUGAAAAAGAUCUUUGAUGCCUUCAGAAACAGGACAGAUGCCCAGCGGACAUUCAGGGAAAUCAUGUUCCUCCAGGAGUUUGGAGAUCAUCCCAACAUCAUCAAACUUCUAAACGUCAUCAGAGCGCAAAAUGAUAAAGACAUUUACCUCAUCUUUGAAUACAUGGAUACCGACUUGCAUGCAGUGAUAAAGAAAGGCACCCUGCUGAAGGACAUCCAUAAACGUUAUGUGAUGUACCAGCUGUUCAAAGCCAUCAAAUACCUCCAUUCAGGAAAUGUGAUUCACAGGGACCAAAAGCCAUCCAACGUGCUCUUGGACACUGACUGUGUUGUCAAGCUGUGUGAUUUCGGCUUGGCCAGAUCGCUCAACCAGAUCCAAGAGGACAGCGGGAAUCCUGCACUGACGGAGUACGUGGCAACACGUUGGUAUCGAGCUCCCGAGAUCCUGCUGGGAUCUGCAAGGUACACUAAAGGUGUGGACAUGUGGAGCCUCGGCUGUAUCCUGGGAGAGAUGCUGCUGGGAAAAGCCCUGUUUCCUGGAACUUCCACCAUCAACCAAAUAGAGAAGAUCAUGAGUGCCAUACCACACCCCAGCCCAGAAGAUAUUCUCGCAAUCAAGUCAGAAUAUGGAUCCUCAGUCAUUCAGAGAAUGCUACUGAAACCACAGGUGCCUUUGGAGGAUCUUCUCCAGCCGUCUGUGCCUCCUGAUGCUCUCGACCUGCUGAGGGGUUUGCUUGUUUUUAACCCAGACAAGCGGCUGACUGCACAGCAAGCCCUCCAACACCCAUAUGUAUCCAGGUUCCAUAAUCCUUCCAAAGAGCCCGCUCUUAACUGCGAUGUAGUGCUGCCAGUGGAUGAUGAUGUGCAACUGUCUGUUGUUCAAUACCGCAACAAACUCUAUGAGAUGAUACUGGAGAAGAGAACGAAUCCUGGGAUGCUGAGGCUGAUCCAGCCAAAGGAUGGAGAUUGUGUCAGUAGCAGGGAGAAGCCCAGCGUGAAGUGUGAUAAAGUGGAGAAAGACCCAGUGACAGUGAACAGCAACCAAGAUGACGACCAUGAGGGGAAACCACAGCAUGAAAAGAUUGAUGAGACAAACCACCCGGCUUCACAUACAGGUGUCAGCAAACCUUUGGCUGCGGAGAAGACGGACCCGGUAGCUAGCCCUGGCUUAGGAAAAAUCACAUAUAACCCCAUCACACAUGCCCCAAAUGGUUUUGUUCGGAGUCCAGUGUGUCCUUCUUAUUACUACCACUCCUCUACAGCUGGUAAGAAACUAGUGGGACAGACCAGUAAUGGAAAUGCAACACUGUCACCAACAGAGGGCAGCAGCGUUAACAUAUCCAUGGAUCAGAUUCUCCAGCGGGGUCGCUCAGCCCCUACAGCCCACAACCGUUCCUUCUCCUUGACCCUAAACCAAACCCAGAACAACCCGUUAGUACGCAAAGAUGAGCCAUCUUUGUCUGCAGGGCUCUACGUCACAUCUGCACGCCUGAACCAGCGUUCCAGUUCUCAGGUUCGCGAGGCUCGACCACCGCCACGGUUCAGCAAGAAAGUAUUUCAGAGUAACUGUAACGUGGCUGCUGCAGGCGACCCAAGAGCCAAACUAGGCAGCUACUCCCAGGCCUAUGGUACCAUCAACAAGACGGAUCUGGACAACCUGCUUCGAAGUCGUCCUUACAACCAGUAACUGCUGUCAUAUCAGUGGUUAAAUAGGGGCUCGUGUGUUUGAACACACAACAGAGUUUGUCUUGUUGCGUAGCAAACUGGAAGAGAUACUGUAAAAAGAAUUUGGCAAUGCGAUCUACUGCAUGUAGAUAAUGACCUGUAGGCCUUAUGGUUCGACAUUUCAUUAAGUGCAUUACGCCAGUGGGUUUCACAUGGACUGUAAAAUAUGCAAAUAGAUAUUUUGAUUAACUGAUCAUAUGCAGUGAGCGAUUAUUUUUCAUAUGAGGAAUAACUUGCUAUUUUAUUGUGUAUAGAAUGGAAAAGAUUAAAAUCCACCGUAUAACCACUAUGGGAUUUAGUUCUAAACGGAGGUGGAAGCAUACAUGUCCUGUGCCUACAGCUACAUAAAAACCUCCAUUAAAAGUGUGAAUUACAAAUUUCUUCUCAUACUGAUGAAAAAAUACAGCUAGUCCAGUGGUUUCCAAACUAAGACUCAGACUCCCUCUAAAGGGUCACAAGAUAAAUCUGAGGAGUCAUGAGUUCCAUACUCUGUAAGAGGGUGAUAAGAAAUUUCUUUAACAGAAAAUCUGUUUUUUUUUUUUACUUUUUAGAGCUUCAGAAAUGUUUUUAAAUUAAACCAAAUUCUAAAUCUAAAGGAGAAUCAGUCGUUGGUGGAACUAUUCACAACUCAUAGACAUGAUAAAGGGCGGCAAGUCGACACUGCAAUAAAAAACUAAGAAAAACGUCUGUGGAAAACCGUUUGUGGUUUCUUGACGCAAAAGGCAAAGUCUGCAUGCUGAAACAGUUUUACUGAGAAUUGUGGUGCAAUGUUACCAUCAACAAGAUCUUUAGAUGCUUCCAUGGAAGGACAAAGUACAGUUCUCAGCAGUGGUGUCAUUAGAUCUGUGUGCUCAAAGUUCUAUAAAUCUACAGAUUUUGGUUUAUUUAUUUAUUAUUACAAAAGUAAGAAUAAUUAAAGAAAACAGCCUGAAUCUGUUCAUGGAUAUCAUGUGUUAAACCCCUUAAAAAUCAUAUAUUGCUGACAAAACAAAUGCUGGGAACUCAAGGAUAUUUUUUUGUCAUAUCAGGUCAUUAAAGUAACUUACAAAAUAAGGCAGCAGAUGCGGUAACAUUGAAAAUGCAUUUCAUGAUUGUACUGUAAGUUUCUGUAGUUAAAUAAGUUAUCAUUAGGCUAUGGAUAGAAUUUGCACAUUUUUUUAUAUUUUUUUAGUUUUUUGUCAGGAACAGACGGUAGAUUUAUUCCACUUUUCAUUAGUUAAAUAUAGUAUAGUAUUGUUUUAUGUGACUUAACUUUUCCCUUAACUUCCAGAACGAGAACACGUGACUGUCAGAUAUCUUGUCAGGGUGUGUUUGAGGACAAGAGCUCAGUUGCUUUGGCAAUAAAUCACAUUAGAAACAGUUUAUAUUUCACAGUUGACAGUUUAAAGUCAACUGACAGGUUUUUGAUUAAUUCCAAGGACAGAAAAUUGAGAGGAUCAGUAAAGCAGAAAAUCCCAAAAGACUGAACAUCCACAUUUGCUCAGUGAUAACUACUGAUGAAGACUUUGUAGUACCAUCAAAAGGGGAAAACAAAGCAAAUAAAUUCACCUUGAUUUGAUGGUGCUUUGCCAAAACAAAAUAUUUUAUCUGAAUUUUUUUAUUCUUAUAGACUGCAUCUGAUCAAAAACACCCUUUUAAAAACUUGUCAUCAUGGCUUUAUUUUGCUCCUAAACACAUUGUGAGCAAAAUAUGCUGUAUCAUCAUCCUUCUUUACAAUUGUUUUUUUGUUCAUCUAUGACUGAAUAAAAGCCUGUUUGAGCA